GCGCCUGACAAUCCAGCGUAUCCUUGGCCAACAAAAGCCCAUUAUAUUACUGCCUUGCUAUUUAGUUCUCCAAGGCUCCCAUUCUCCGAGGCGCAGAAAAAGGCAGUCUUAUCUUGGGCAAGAGAGCUUGGUGCUCGUGACGUCCCUUCGCUAUAUGCAUUGAAUCGAGUCCAGGAGUCUGUUCGAACACUUGUUGGCAAUCCAACGGAAAAGAUCACUGCACGUUCGGGCAAUAUAUUUUAUCUUAACGAUGUUGGAAAAGCAGUUGCCAAGGACUACGCGAACCCCCUCAUGCAGUUUGCGAUGCAGGAUUACCCUGAGGACGGGGACAAGGGAAUGUCCCAGGUGUUCAAUGGAGAUAAAAUGAUGUUCGAACUCCCUUCGCCCCCCGCAGCUAAAGUCGACGGGGAGAUCUACUUCGUGAAUGAGCUCUUGCAGGACGUGUCGGGAGACUACUUUAUACCCGAGCGUUUCUUUCUUGCAUCAUACACGUCAACGAAUGAUAGCGUGGACAAGCAGCUACAUGCACUUGGCCGUGCUGUACAACGAACACAGGAUGGGUUUAUUGUCAGUGACGAGCGGGAAAUGAUCCCGACAUCUAACUUUCGAAGGUCGUUCAGGGAAAUAUCUGCCAAUGAUGACGAACUUGCUUGCAGGCUGACGGAGUCGUCGAACAAAUACGUGAAACUGGUACCGAAUCCAUUGCGCACAAAAUCUCAAGGACGUAUGGUGUACUCAGUCCCUCUCAUAAUAUUCAUGGACGACGUAUCCGGAAACAUAUCCAAGCAGUGGAACAAGCAUCAUGCAAUAUAUAUGUCUAACACAAAUCUGCCUCGCGAAAUGCUCGAGAAAGAGUUUUGUAUUCGGUUUGUCACAUCUUCUCCUCACGCAGCCCCAAUGGAAAUGAUGAGCGCCAUGCAAGAUUCAAUCAGAAAAGCUACGAAAUUGGGGGUCUUCAGUUGGGACUGCAAGCACGAAGAAGAAGUUAUGCUGGAGCUAUAUGGUCUGUUUCUCGGUGGCAACAACCCCAUGCAUGCCGAAGAAUGCAGCCACGCAGGGCUGCAUUGCAACUUCUUCUGUAGGACAUGUGAAGUCGGUGGAACCAAGGAGUAUAAAGAGUCAGAUGAGGGCUACAAGAGCAUCUUCGUGCCAGGAACGCCACGCACUCCCGCAGGAACAGCGGAAGAGAUCCACGCACAAUUUGCUUCUGCGCUCUGUUCAGGUGCGUCAGAGAAGAUUAAGAAAUCUGUCGCUUCGUCAGGUGUGAAGGACACGAGAACUGCUUACAUUCUUGACACGGUUGUUGAGCUAGGGAAGAAGCUACGCAAACGAGGCGCUGGCGUUCAGGCAAAACCAGAGUGCGAAGUCAAGGCUAUUCUAGAGAAGCAACUGGGAGACCUCCUGCAGGGGAGCACAAUUGAGGGCGCAAUAAACCCAUUAUUGGGCGUGGAAGGAUUCAAUGUUCACCAGGACACGCCAACAGAGAUUUUACAUACGGUGCUACUGGGGGUCGUCAAAUACUUUUGGGGUCAAUCGGUGUACCUCCUCGAAAAGGCAAAGCUCUUGGACGUUUUUCAAAUGCGUCUCGACUCCAUCGAGAAGGAUGGGCUUAAUGCUCCUUGUCUCGACGCUGAGUAUAUAUGCCAUUAUAAGGGCGGGCUGAUAGGGAAACACUUUAAAAGUCUGGCGCAAGUCAUGCCAUUUCUCAUUCAAGAUUUACUACCACGAACAGUACUCGAUGGGUGGACGAGUAUCGGUGAGCUCGUCGUAUAUGUUUGGCACACGGAGAUAGAUGAUACUGAUCUAUACUUGGCGAAGCUUACCCGGACAAUCAAUGAUUUUCUCAACGUAACAGCAAAAUGCGCACCAAGUAUUCUCAUCUCGAAGCCGAAGUUUCAUUUUUUAGUGCAUCUUCCUGCGUACAUUCAACGCUUCGGACCAGCCAUUCUCUUUUCCACUGAACGAUAUGAAUCAUUUAACCACGUGUUCCGUCUAGCGUGUAUACACAGCAAUCGACAGGGUCCGAGCCAGGAUACGUGCAAAAUAUUUGCGAGACAAGACAUUAUCAAGCAUAUUGCGACAGGCGGUUACUGGUUUGAUAGUGCUCGGGGAAAGUGGGUUCGGGCAGGUGAUGUGGUUUUGAACUACCUCGACAAUCGUCCAGAGCAGGCACGUCUUUUGGGAAUUCAUACACGAGAACCUCCUGUGGCAGGUAAUUCGCCGCCGAAGAUGGACAACCUAUGGCAGGAAUACCUGUGCUGUGGACAGCAACACAGCUGCGCAAACGCCCUCGAGCUCUCACAACCUGCUUGUAAUGCUCGAUACCAUCAUGGCAUCUCGUUUAUUCUUGGCAACGGCGAGAAAGCGUCUUUAGAAGCACACGUCAUUUUUCACGACUCAUCAACAUCUUGCUCAGCCAUUGGGCGCAUUCGCGAGAUCCUGAUCUCAGACUCUCACAAAGUCGUGCAGCAUGUCGCCAUUCAAAAACUUGCUUUCGGACCUGCAUUACAUCCCCUCCUUCACAUCCCCACACUCGAGCUCAUGGACCAUGAGGUUGUUAUUGGUCCACAAGAAAUUGUUUGUAUAGUAAACGUCCAACACGACUGUGUUAAAUCACAGUGCACAGGCAUUAGUCAAUGUCACAUUCGUCAAGAGCGAACUGAGACUGCAUGUAUGAAGUCCAUCGUUCAGCACAAAUCCUCGCCAUUUUACUUGCUCAAUGCUUAUUCGAUUCACAAUUACGCCCAGAUUCAAUCUGUCAUCCCUCAGUCACUUCGCGAGACACCAUUGAGGGUCGAUAAUGCAGUAGACAUUCGUUUAGCGGCAGCUCGUCAAAUCCGGGAGAAGAAAGCAAGCAAGAAAUCAGGCGAAACACCAGAUACCGAGUCUUUGAGUACAUUGCAUGAUGACAUAGCUGGGGUUCCUGCGGCGUUCGACCGCCCAGCAGCAAGAAAACCGAAGAAAACGCAGAAAGCAAAAGAGAAGGCACCUCGACCACCCGCCAAUCCACGACAACCCACAAUCACGCAGGCAGCUGCAUCUUCAAGUUCCCAUCUCCCAGCACCCGUGCCUUCUCGUCUCCCAUCGCUACAUCCGCCUGCUACUGUACCUUCACAGUUGCAGCAAUCCCCCAUGCCUCCAUAUAGAGCUCCCCCUUCGCAUCACUCGUUGCAGCCGCCCCCAAUGGUAUUGACGUGGCAAUCAUCUCCCAGCGCCCGUCCAUAUAGAGCUCCCCCUUCGCAUCACCUGUUGCAGCCACCCCCAAUGGUCAUGACGUGGCAAUCAUCUCCCGCGCCCGGUCCAUCCAGACCUCUCCCUUCUCAUCCCUGGCCAUCAAACCCACCUUCCAUGGUACCGCCAAUGUAUGCUGGGCAAUAUGUUGCCCCACCAUAUCGGCACUCUUUGGGGCUGGCUCUUCCAAAUCCCUCGCACACUCCCCCCCUUCACCCUCAUCAUUCAGGACAAUUGUCAUAUGCACAGCAGCUUCCCUUGCAACCUUCCGCGCCAGUGAUGACCUCGCAUAUCUGGCACUCUCAGGCUCCACAUCACAAGCAGCCCAGCAGACAGUACUAG